CGGGACAGGCGGGGGCGAGGAGGGGAGUGAAAGAGGAAGGAGCGGGCCUCCUGUCUGCCAUCUGACUAUGCAAAUGGCCUGACUCAUUGCACGGCCCCCCAGCCAUGGCAGGGAGGGGGCUACGAGGUUGUGAAAUUCUCACUUCCUCUGCUGGCAGCAGUCAGCGGGAAGGGACUGCCUAAGCGAGACCCUCUGGACAAGCCCCCUCUCCUUGUCAUGGGCCCCUGCCAUGGCGCCCCGCUGCCCCUGUCUCUCCUGGUUCAGGCCCAGGUGCUGGCCCUGGCCCUGGCCCAGGGCGCCCUGCCCGCCUUCCUGCCCUGUGAGUUCCAGGCUCCCAACUACAUCAACUGCGAGUGGCUCUUCCUGACGUCCGUGCCGCACUUCUCGGCGUCCUCGCCGCGUGGGAACAUCACGAAGCUCUCCCUGAGCUGCAACCGCAUCCGCCACCUCCACAACGCCGACUUCGCCCACCUGCCCAGUCUGCGGAGUCUCAACCUCAAGUGGAACUGCCCGCCCAGCAGCCUCAGCAUCAUGCACUGGGCCUGCCACAUGACCAUCGAGCCCCGCACCUUCCUGGCCGUGCCCACCCUGGAGGAGCUGAACCUGAGCUACAACAACAUCACCACCGUGCCCGCCCUGCCCCCCGCCCUCAGGAACCUGUCCCUGAGCCGCACCAACAUCCUGGUCAUUGACGCCACCAGCUUCAGGGGCCUGCACGCCCUGACAAACCUGUACAUGGACGGCAACUGCUACUACCAGAACCCCUGCGGCCGGGCCGUGCAGGUGGCCCCGGGCGCCCUCCUCAGCCUGCACAACCUCACCCACCUGUCACUCAAGUACAACAACCUCACGGCGGUGCCCCGCGGCCUGCCCCCCGGCCUACAAACCCUGCUGCUGUCCUACAACCGCAUCGUCUCCCUGGGGCCUGCGGACCUGGCCAACUUCACAGCCCUGCGUGUGCUGGACGUGGGCGGAAACUGCCGCCGGUGCGACCACGCCCGCAACCCCUGCGUGGAGUGCCCCCCGGGCUUCCCCAAGCUGCACCCCGACACCUUCCGCAACCUGAGCCACCUGGACGGCCUGGUGCUGAGCGACAGUUCUCUCUCCAGCCUGGACACCCGCUGGUUCCGGGGCCUGGGCAACCUCUCCGUGCUGGACCUGAGCGAGAACUUCCUGUACGAUUGCAUCCAAAACACCACGGCCUUCCAGGGCCUGAGGAAGCUGCGCAAACUCAACCUGUCCUUCAACUACCACAAGGGGGUGUCCUACGCCCACAUGAACCUGGCGCCCUCCUUCGGGCGGCUGCGCGCCCUGGAGGUCCUGGACAUGACCGGCAUCUUCUUCCGCGAGCUCAGCGAGAACACGCUCCGGCCGCUGGCCCGCCUGCCCGUGCUGAAGACCCUCAAGCUCCAGAUGAACUUCAUCAACCGGGCCCAGCUCAGCAUCUUCCAGGCCUACCCCAGGCUGUGCCAGGUGGAUCUGUCCAACAACCGCAUCAGCGGGCCUCUGGGGUCGAAUGCCUCCACGUGGGAGGCGGAUGCUGGGGAGGCGAGCCGGCGGCCCUCGGGGCACCUCGCGCCAGAUCCCAGGGACACCCCCAGCUCUGAGGACUUCAUGCUAAACUGCAAGAACCUCAGCUUCACCUUGGACCUGUCGCGGAACAACCUGGUGACGAUCGAACCGGAGAUGUUCGCCGGGCUGUCGCGCCUCCAGUGCCUACGCCUGAGCUACAACAGCAUCUCGCAGGUCAACGGCUCCCAGUUCGUGCUGCUGACCAGCCUGCAGGUGCUGGACCUGUCCUACAACAAGCUGGACCUGUACCACGGCCGCUCGUUCACGGAGCUGCCCUGCCUGCGGGCCCUGGACCUCAGCUACAACAGCCAGGCCUUCACCAUGCAGGGCAUGGGCCACAACUUCAGCUUCGUGGACCAGCUGCCCGGCCUGCGCUACCUCAGCCUGGCGCACAACGCCAUCCACAGCCGCGUGUCCCCGGAGCUCCGCAGCGCCUCGCUCAGGGCCCUGGACUUCAGCGGCAACGCCCUGAACCGCAUGUGGAACGAGGGAGACCUCUACCUCCGCUUCUUCCAGGGCCUGAGCCAGCUGGUCAGCCUGGACCUGUCCCGGAACCACCUGCACGCCAUCCUGCCGCGCAACCUGGGCUACCUCCCCCGGAGCCUGCAGCAGCUGCGGCUCCAGGACAACUACUUGGCCUUCUUCAACUGGAGCAGCCUGACCCUCCUGCCCCGGCUGGAGAGCCUGGACCUGGCGGGGAACCAGCUGAAGGCCCUGACCAACGGCAGCCUCCCCGCGGACAGCAGGCUCCAGAGGCUGGACGUCAGCCGCAACCGCAUUAACUUCGUGGCCCUCGGCUUCUUCGCUCCGGCCACGCAGCUGCAAGAGCUCAACCUCAGCCACAACGCCCUCCGGACGCUGGACCCCUCGUGGUUUGGCGCCCGGGUGGCGGCCGCCCUGAAGGUCCUGGAUGUGAGCGCCAACCCCCUGCACUGCUGCCUGGAGGAGCGGGACUGGCUGCCCGGCAAGACGCUCUUCGAGAACCUGUGGGCCUCGGUCUACAGCAGCCGCAAGACGCUGUUCGUGCUGGCCCACACAGACCACGUCAGCGGCCUCCUGCGCGCCAGCUUCCUGCUGGCCCAGCAGCGCCUGCUGGAGGACCGCAAGGACGUGGUGGUGCUGGCCAUCCUGAGCCCCGACGCCCACCGCUCCCGCUACGUGAGGCUCCGCCAGCGCCUCUGCCGCCGGAGCGUCCUCCUCUGGCCCCAACAGCCCAGCGGCCAGAGUAGCUUCUGGGCCCAGCUGGGCGUGGCCCUGACCAGGGACAACCACCACUUCUACAACCGAAACUUCUGCCGGGGCCCCACCACGGCCGAGUAGGGGGGCGGAGAAGUGGGGGGGCAGCCAGCACACCCAGCCCCGCCUUCACCGUGCCCUCUGCCUGGGAUGCCCCAGCCUGCCUCGCUCUGCAGAGGGGCCGAGGCCCCUGGCAUACAGCAGGCACUCAAUAAAUGCUCCUGGCAGGCCCACGGCUACUGGCUACGCUGAGCUCCGGAGGUGUGAAUGGGAGGAAAGAAGGGGGAAUUCCCGGGCCUCCUAACGGGGAGAGGGACUA